AUGGAAUCUACUACUACUAUUCAGAUAGGCGACCUGCCUGCAGAGCUGCUAUGCCAAGUCUUCGGCCAGUUUGCCGAGCCUCAUUUCCCGAACCUACAGACCCUCGAUGCCUGGAAAAGGCAACCCGGUUCUCCAUGGAUAGAGAGCAGGAAUGCUCUGCAAAAUUUACGUCUCGUCUGUCGCCGAUUCCACGACGCGGCGUCGCCGUUGUUAUUCACGUACCUGUCCAUCUGUGUGGAACAAAGCUCAGUUGAGCGCGCAAGCGAAAUAUCGAGCCAGCCUCACCUCGCAUCGUGUAUCCGAGGCGUGAUCAUAUACGCUGGUCUGAACAGCCAAGAACUGGUCGACAAUAUCCUAGAGUUCCAGCGACGGAUGGUGUUGGAACUACUUGACUGUCUACGGAGGAUGAUUAACGGAAAGGGACAGGUCGAAACACGCGAGGUGGAGCCGCACCGUUACAACCUUGAUGUCGUGACCAGAAACUAUCACAACAUAACCCAAGCGUGGAACGUGCACUUCUGGCACUAUAGGCGGGCUAGACUUGGUCCGUCGGCCGACGAGAACGAUGGCGCAGGAGAGCCUGAUGCAACGGAGGAAACUGAGACGCUUGAUCCCGACACGCUCUGCUACUGCGAGAUCAUGAAAUUCGGCCAUGAAGAAUACAAGGCACGCACGAAGGAGCAGCAUGAGUAUCUGGAAACGGAUGCAUUCCUGAAGGAUAUCACAGCGUGUCUGACACGACUCCCGCAUCUGGAGGAGGUGGAGGUGGAUUCGCGACGGAGCGCGCCAAUAAACCUUCGAGACAUUCUCGAGAAUAAUAAUCUUGGAGAUUUGCGUCGCUAUGUGGAAUACGCACACCAGGGACCUUGGACGGCGCCCGACUAUUACCGCGACUACCACUUUGCCCGAAUCAUGACGAUCCUGCCCCUUUCACUCCGCGACGCAGGGAUACGUCUCCGGACUCUACGACUCGGCAUGAUUCCCUCUACAUUCCCGCGUUUUGUGGAGCGGCCCCCCGGCCAUACAUACCAACUAGCAGACUACGAGUCGCUGAUGGAGCGGCUCGCAGACGCUUCCCGGACGCUCGAGUCGGUCGCCAUCCGCAUGGACUUUGACACGGACGACUACUGGGCCGAAUUUGUGGAUGGCUACUUGCGCGCCGUCCUGAGCAGCAAGGCCCUGCUCGAGCUGGACGUGGAUGUGCCGCGGCCGCUCUCCGGCACUGGCGUGAAUGCCCCUGGCACGUCGGCGUACCGUGUUGGCCAAAUUUUGUCGGCGCGGUCGCCAGAGCGUCUCCGACGUAUGUGCCUGUCGGGCUUGACGAUGCAGGCAGCCAGCAUUGAAAAAAUGAUGGUGAGCUGUCCCAAGACGCGCCUGGAGGGCAUCUACCUGUGGGAUGGCCUCUGGGCCGACAUUGUCGACGCGGUCAAAGCUGCGCGUUCGUUGGAUCGGCGAGUGGAUGCGCCGAGGAUACGGUUGCAUGGCCUAAUGGGCGGGGAGAUGGGUGAUUCUCUCGUAUACGAGGAGGUGGCGCGGGAAAAGGAGGUGGAAUAUGUCAGCAUGGGCUAUGGAGGUAGGGAGCCGAUUGUGCUGAUGAUGGCUGAGCAGUAUCUUUCCGGGGAGGGUGGGGUGCAGAGGAACCCGUUCCGGGAGCACAAGCACAAUGAGUUGUAUUUUCGGGGCAGGAGGCCUAAACAUUAG